AUGUUACUCCGGCACAGUCUUCCCCGGACCUCAACGCCGUCGAGCUGGUUCUCGCGGAUAUCCCCAGCAAGCACCAUGCCUCUUCGCGCCAAGGUCACCAACCCGACAUUCGUGGCGGCAUCCAAGAUGUCGACCGCGUCAACAUCAGGUAUUCCCGGGCGACAAGCCGGCGACGAGCCCGACGACGUCCUCUUCAACUCUCUCUAUGGAGUGCGACUAGUAGAAUUGAACAGACCGAACAAGCUCAAUUCGUUGAACGGAUCGAUGGUUCGAAAGAUUCUCCCUCGUCUCAAGGAAUGGGAAAAAUCUCAACUGGCCAACAUUGUGAUGCUCUCCGGAGCCGGUACCAAGGCCCUUUGUGCUGGCGGCGACGUGGCUGCUCUAGCAUUACAAAAUGAGAAAGGAGAAGAGGGACAAAAGGCAUCCGCAGACUUCUUCGGCCUUGAAUACAAGCUUGACCACCUCAUCGCGACCUACUCGAAACCCUUCAUUUCCGUGAUGGACGGCAUCACCAUGGGUGGAGGUGUUGGCCUCAGUGUCCACGCGCCAUUCCGUAUCGCUACCGAGCGCACCGUUUUCGCUAUGCCCGAGACAACCAUUGGCUUCUUCCCCGACGUGGGCGGCUCCUUUUUUCUCCCUCGCCUCGAUGGAGAGAUUGGAACAUAUCUCGCCUUAACGUCAGAGCGAUUGACGGGUGUCCAGAACCUCUAUGCCGGCAUUGCUACGCACUACUUCCACUCCAGCGCUCUCCGCAACUUGACGGCCCGUCUGUCUGAGCUUGUCUUUAGCGACCACGCCUCUCUUCGCGAGCGACUUGACCUUGUCAACUCGACAAUGGCUGAGUACUCAACCGGCCUGCCUACCCUUGAAGAAGAGCCAAUCAAGCUGGGAGGCAGCCUGCGCACUGCGAUUGACCGAUGCUUCAGCUACUCGACUGUCGAAGAAAUUUUCGAGGCUCUUGAGAAGGAGACAACGCACAAGGCAUGGGCUGAAAAGACGCUCGAAACUAUGUCACAGCGUUCGCCUACAUCGCUCAAGGUGACCUUGCGUCAGAUGCGCCUCGGCAAAUCAUGGUCCAUUUCUGAAGCAUUCCAGCGUGAGCAUCAGAUUGCUGCUCACUUCAUGCGCCACCCAGACUUUGUCGAGGGAGUCAAGGCACGUCUGAUGUCGAAGCCACCUCGCCAGGCGAAAUGGCAGCCUGCGACGCUGCAGGAAGUGACUACUGAUCGUGUUGACCAAUUCUUCAGUGUUCCUGAAGGCGAAGAGCUCCUGGAUUUGCUGAGCGAAACCAACUACGAGUCAUACCCCCAUCAGUACGGGCUGCCCAGUGAGAAGGAUAUUCAAGACUUGGUACAAAGAAUCCCCAACACCUCUCAAGAGGCGCAGGAGUUUGCGAACUUUGGCAAGAAGGAGGGUGCCAGAGAGAAGCUGGCUGAGGUGCUGGCCCGACGAACAGUUCUAACUGCUCAGGGCAGGAAGUGGAACUAG